GGAGGAGUUGAUGAGGCAGGUGGAGGCGAGUGUUUCUACGGAGGAAAGAAAAGAACUCCAGCGGGAGCAGGAGAGGCUGCUGCUGAAAAUGGAGAGGAAAGGAGAGCAGAUCGGUCAACUCUACAAACACAAAACACAGAUAAAAAAGUUAAGAAAAGAAGGUAACUCCAGGCAGAAGAGAGGGAACGAGGUGAGAGGGACGACCACAGUUUCCAUCAGAGGUCGCUCAGCUGCAGUGAGACCAGGGGAGAGGAGCCAGAGCAACCUGAGGCUGCUGAGGGACAUGAGGGCUCUGCAGACCUCCCUGUGGACCUGACACUCAGCAGGACGGAGCACACACAGAACCCCAAACUAAUCCUGUCAGUGCUAUCUACCUACCUUUGGUCGUUAUUUUACCAUCCACACAGUCCCUGACAGAUUAUCACUAAAGAAUAUCCCUUCAUGAACAUAAGACCUAUGAUCCCUUGUGGAAAAUAUAUUUUUUACUGUUUGAGCAACAUGCAACAGAUCCAAAAAAGUCUGGUUUUAAACCAGACGGAUGUUUAUACCAGUCCACCCAAAGUGUAUUUUAUCCCAAAAAAUAAAAGAGGGGGCUUUAACUUGUAAUUUACAAUUCUUUACAAAUACCUCAGAAGAAACUAUAUUUGUGUUCAUGGUGGAGCAUGUCUGCUAAAAACAUUUUGGCUACAUCCGUUUUCUUUUUAAAUUACCUCCUUCACCAGCAGAGGGCAUACUAGUUAUAGUUACAGCUGCACUAUCCUAAAAGUGAUGGAAACAGUUUUUUUUACGUUUUUCUUGUAGUGUUUUGGGGCUUGGAAAUAUAUAUUUACACUAAUGGGAUAUCAGUAAUAUAUAUUUUUUAAAUAAUUGGUGUUAAAAGAUUCCUGGGUUGCUUAAUGGUUACACAUCAUAAAUAGUGCAGCAGCCUUUAGCGUUGUAAAGAAAGUUAUGAAAUGCUUUAAUCCAUAUUACUGUAUGUGAAUGACCUACUGUGUUGAAGGACCUAACAUACACUGAUGUACUUUAUUGCCGUCUCUCUUUAUGUGUUUACACACAUGUUGUAUGUUAUGAUUUUAGUUUUUCAUUAUUUAUACAUUAUGCAAGAAGAUUUUAAUAUUUUUGGAAAAUCAUGGGUACAUAUUUUUGAGUGGAAAUAGUAUUUCUCUGAGUUAUGAAGUAUUGACGUUUGCAUAUGUCUACAGUACUGUUUUGUGUUGUUUUUGGCUUUGUUUUGGCAAACAGCCUUAGCACAUUGCUUUUUAUUCAAGAUAUUCCAGUUAUCCCUUGUUUCCUUGAACCUGUACCCUGCUGUGCUCCUGUUGGGCUCUUUUGCUUUGACAUAAUUGUCUUUUUUUUACCUUUGAUGCUGGUAACAUGGACCACCAUCAUUACUUCAGUACACAUCAGACCAUAAUAAAAUCAUAAGGAUU